AUGAGGCCGGGAAAAGAUCGUCGAUUUUUGCCCGUACUUCUCGUCGUCAGCGUCCCAUUUUUGCUCGUUCAACUGCAACGAUAUUUGAGUGUACUACCGGAUGACGGUGAUCUUGUUCACGGAUUUGUGAACGAGAGCUUUCUUGGUGUUUAUGAUGUGUUCAGAGAAAACUUCCUAUAUGGCCUGGAAAGAGACGGCGCCUCAAUUUCUGUAUACCAUAAAGGAGAACAAGUCGUUCACCUUUGGGGAGGACUGUCAAAUCGAAAAGAAAACAAGACCUGGAAUGUCAACACUCGCUCUGCUUAUUUUUCGAUGACCAAGGCAAUCUCUGCCCUGUGCGUCGCGAUGCUUGUCGAUAAGGGAAUGUUGGAGUACGGGGAUUUGGUCACAAAAUAUUGGCCCGAGUAUGGGCAAGCAGGAAAGAACAGGACGACAAUUGAGGAUGUGUUGACACAUAAGGCCGGACUACCCUACAUUGACGACGACAUCUCAAUGGAAGACGUGGAAUACCCCGAAAUUUGGAUGGAAAAAUUCGAAAAAGCCAAGCCUAUAUGGGAGCCCGGCACAGCUACUGGAUAUCACCCAGUAACUUUUGGAUUCCUGGCUGACGGUAUCGUGCGUAAAGUGACCGGUCGUGGAAUUCAACAAUUUUUCCAAGAAGAACUCGGCCGGAAAUACGGCCUAAAUAUCCGUAUCGGAAACUCCCCGCGCGAAGCCCACCAUGUCGCCAGGAUUUCCCAGCCUAGCAUGGAGGAAUACUUGAGAGCAAUCGUAUACGAUCCUCGAAUGGUGGUGAUGCUCUCAUUUCUUUUUGUCCGCCCAUUUGACAGCGUCAUCGAUAAGAUUCGGUCCAAUCCGAGUUGGCUUGUCAUGGAAUACGAAAAGAUCGCACUCAACGAUCCGGAAGUGUUGAAGCUUAAUUUGCCUGCCGUCACCGGGGUUGGGACCGCUGAUGCGUUGGCUAGACUUUUUAGCCUUGCUAUCGAUGGAACUUUGUUGUCAAAAUCCACGUUGGAGCAGCUGGCACAUCCCACGGUCGAUGAUUGGCAUUUCGAAAGGACAGUCGUCUGGCCGGUGAUGAAAGGCCACGGGUUCUUCUACGAACCCCAUCCCUUCAUAAGUGGUGCCUAUCUAUUCGGACAUCCUGGAUACGGCGGCCAACAACUUGUUGUCGACCCAAACACCGGGACCACGAUAGUGUACGUCAGCAACGGGUUGAAGACGGGCAGCGGGUUGUUGUGUAACACCUACAUGCGGUUGCUCGACGCUACCUACAAGUACGUUACAUUCCCAAGUUACGCUACAUUCCUUGCGUACGGUCUGAGCGUUAAGAGUCUACAAGCCAUUCGGGUC